AUGACAUUAUCAAGUAAAAAAAGUUAGGAAUCGCGAUUUAGCUACAACUUUCUAGCCAACCCGUAGAUUAUCUUCUUAUUGAGGAUUGUUCGGCAUCUCACCAAACCACCAAACAUCCCACAUGACUUUAAACCCCGACUGUCACCCCACUACUCACCAUGUCCGUUCCCAAAUCGAUGCACAAGAUGGUGACCGUGCCCAGGGGCAGCGGAAUAUCACAGAGGAUAAAGGCCAGGAAGGGCGAGAUCUCAGGGAUGUUUGAGGUCAGCGUGUACGCGAUGGACUUCUUCAGGUUGUCAAAGAUAAGACGGCCUUCCUCUACGCCAGUGACGAUGGAGGCGAAGUUAUCGUCCAGGAGGAUCAUGUCGGCGGCCUGUUUGGACACGUCCGAGCCGGCGAUUCCCAUGGCUACGCCGAUGUCGGCUUUCUUCAGGGCGGGAGAGUCAUUUACACCAUCACCUAGAAGAAGUUACAGUUAUAAUUAGUGAUUUUUGAGGUGCAUCAGUUUAAAGUAAAAUAAAAAUGUCG